CGGGAGGGAAGCAGAGCCCGACAGAGCGCGCUCGGAGCAGCGGAGCCGCCGCCGGCCGGGAAAGCUGCGGGAUGGGAGAGGAUGCGCUCUGAGGAAGUGAAAUUCUGAUGUAACCAAAGAUGAAAUUUCCGACUCCCCCGUGACUGCACCGAGCCUUGGGAAGCAGCACCAGGAGAGGGCACGGAGAGGAGCCAGCGGGAUGGGAGUGGGGAGAUCCCCGUGAUCUGGGCACUUUCUCCUUCGUGUUACUGACCCGGGAGGAGCCGCUUUAGGAUAUGGAUCCCAAAGGAGUAAGGGGCACCAGGAGGCGCCGCUGAUCUGCACAGACCCCCUUUGCCUGCUGCUGCCCCACUGUGAACAGGGAGCUGCAGAGGAGCCGCAUGGUCCAUCCCGGGAUUCUCCAAGCACUGACUCCCCAUCCACUCUGACCACAGCCAGGGGCCACAUCCCACUGCCUGCCCAGCGUCCAUCCAUGGAGGUGACCACCGUGUCCCCAUCUCCUGCCUCACCCACUGAAUGGGAGGAUCUCUGUGAGACACAUGUCACCAAUGUGGCCAUACACAGUGUGACACUGCUCGUCUGCCUCUGUGGGCUGGUUGGGAACGGCGCUGUCCUCCGGCUCCUCAGCCUGAAAAACCGUAACACUGACAUCUUUGACCUGGCUUUUGCUGACUUCCUCUUCCUGCUCUUCACCAUCCCCUCUGCCCUCCUCAUCCUGGUGGAGGACAUCUCCUGCUCUCAUAUCGUGCCCCUGCUCUACCUGAAUUUCCUUUUCCACCUGUCAGCAAUCUCCUUGUAUUGGGCACUGUUCCUGACGGCUGAUAUCAGCAGUACACUGGAUAUGUGCAUGUUCUCCUGCCGCUGCAACAUUCCCAAGCGCCUGUUGUGGUUGGUGGGCAGUGUCCAAUUCUGGGUCUUCUUUUCGCUCUUCACUGUCAUUCCUGCAGUCACAAACAUGUGCCCAGCACAGCAGCAGGAGCAGUGCCAGGCAGCUCUCAUCUCCGUAUACACCCUCAUCCUGCUCCUCUUUGUUGCACCCAUUCUCAUUUCCAGCACAAUCAAGUUCUUUAAGGCCAGGAGGGGAUCCAAGAAGCAGCAACCCAAGAGGCGCGACAUCGUUAUCUUCCUCAUGAUGCUCUUCAUUCUCCUGCUCAGCGUCUGCCAUGUCCUGCAGCAGCUUGUCGACACAUUUCUGCCUUCUGAGGUUUUGUUCCUGCUCAACUGCAUCCAGAGCAGCAUCAAACCCUUCAUCUACUUCGUGGUAGGGAGGUGCUGGAGCAACUUCUCCUGGAGGUCCUUCCGGCUCUCCCUCCAGAGGGUCUUUGAUGAGCAGGAAGAAGAAGCUGCCCACAGCAAUGAUGCCUCCAUGGACACAGGGGUCUGAGCCUGGAGAUCCCUUCCACUGCUCUGCUGAAGGACCCUGGGAGAGUGGCUCAGGGUGUCCUUGAGCCACCUGAUUAAUAAAUAUCCCCAGGAUCCCCCUCCCUGUGGUGCUGCAUUCCUGCAGGAGAAGGGAGCAGGGGCAUUGCCUUGGGUGAUUUUUGAGGGCUGCUCUGCAGGGAGCACACUGGAGCAUGGCUCUCCUCCUCCCUCCUGGAUCCACACAGCUCCAAGCAGAGCAGCUGGGCUCAGUUCUGUGCCCCAGCUCUAUUCCCCAUGGAAUGUCCCGCAUGGCCUCGGCCCCAGGGAAUGAACUCCAUCUCCUCUGGCUGCACAGAUGAGUUUCAUGGUGUUUGCAGGGAUCUCUUUCCUGCAAAGAAUGUGACACAGUUAAGCCAUGGGGACACACCCAGCAGCACGGGGUGCCAGUGAUCUCCCAAAUCCCUGUGGGGCUGGUGCCUCCUGAUGGCAGCAGAGGGGUUGGGAUCACACGGAGCAUCCUUCCCCUUCUGUCCAGCAGAGCCAGCCCUGCAUUCCCAGCUGAUGGGAAGAGACACCAGGUAGGGCUGCAGAGCUGGGCAGGAACAGCAACACUCCCUCAUUCUUUCAGUGGGAAUUGGUCACAUUCUUUCAUCCCAGAAUUAAAUCAUUCUGAGGAAAGUGCAGGGUCAAUGGAGAACUCCCCUGAACCCUUGUGCCUGGGACCAACAAGAAUAUGGAAGAUGGAAAUUCCCCUCACCAGGUGCUUGGCCCAUUUAAUUUCACAGGAAUUAGGGGGUUUUGCUGCUGUUCUGCACAAUGGGGCCAUCCUCUGCUUCCCCAGCAUCAAAGUCCAAGGAAGGCCUGGAGCACCUCCAUCCUCAACCUGGCCACCCUCAGGAGGAGCUGAGCAACAACUCUGCACAGCAGCUCCAGCAAAAAUCCAUCUUGUACUCCUCUUUG